UAGGGGAAGGAGGACAGCGUUCAACCCAUGCUUCUGUGGUGCUGCUGUGUGGGGAGUGUGUGCUCAGCCCAACUGUCACCAACAUAGCUCUCUGUGGCUUUCUUAGAAGGGGGACCAGUACCUCAUCCCAGAGUCCGUGGAUAUGGAGUGUGUGAAAUACUGCGUGGUGUAUGAUAACAACACCAGCUCACUAGAGAUGGGCAUGAGAGGCAACCACAGUCACGAGGAUGAGGAAGGCGGUGACGAUGGCGAUGACGAUGGUGAUGAUAACACUCAAGAUCAUGGCCCAGACCUGGUGCCCGGACCCGCUGUGGUGUGUGGUAGGCUCCUGACCCACCUCACCCGCGACCCUGUCCAUAUCCUCCGAGGGGGCUAUGAGCGCUUCACAGCCCUGUACCACUUCUUCCGCACCCAGAAGAUCAUUUGGAUGCCCCAGGAGCUGGAUGCCUUUCAGCCAUACCCUAUUGAGAUAAUACCAGGUAAGGUGUUCCUGGGCAACCUCAGUCAAGCCUGCAACCCUACAAUCCACAAGGAUUUGAAAAUCAAAGCACAUGUUAACAUCUCCAUGGCCUCGACGCCCUUGUAAGUAAGGAGGCACCAUUGAUUUCCAUCUUAGCGUAAGUGUCACUUACCCACAGAUGUUUGUUUCCAGGUGCCACACAGUUAGAAGGACUCUUAGCAGUCAGCACACACUGGAGGAGGGUCAGCACUGGUCUUCACCUGUGCCUGGCCUGGCCUUGGUCUCCUUUGCCCCCAGUACUUCACAC